AUGGAAAGAAGCGAGGAGGAUAAUGGGCUUCCUUUGCGGGGCAAAAGGGGAAGAAGAGAGAAGCUGACAGAUGAUUCGAAACGGGAUUCGUAUGGUUCUGAUCCUGAGCUCAAUGGAAGUCUGAUCUCCGGAGAGAUACAGGUGGACAAGUACGGAUUCACAGGAGGGGCCCAGCAGUCGCCCACAGACGAUCUUAAAGACGUUCCGACUGAGGUGCUCAGGCAGCGGGAGACAAAAUGGCUUGACAUGCUCAACAACUGGGACAAGUGGAUGGCCAAAAAACACAAAAAGGUGAAACUGCGCUGUCAGAAGGGGAUCCCUCCAUCUCUGCGAGGCCGAGCCUGGCUGUACCUCACAGGAGGAAAAGUGAAACGAGAACAAAACCACGGCAAGUUCCAGGAACUGGACAACCAGUCAGGAGAUCCCAAAUGGUUGGAUAUCAUUGAGAGGGACCUGCAUCGACAGUUUCCCUUUCAUGAAAUGUUUGCAGCGAGGGGGGGUCAUGGGCAGCAGGACUUGUUUCGUGUGUUGAAGGCUUAUACUCUAUAUCGUCCUGAAGAGGGCUACUGUCAGGCUCAGGCUCCUGUUGCUGCUGUCCUCCUCAUGCACAUGCCAGCAGAGGAUGCUUUUUGGGGUCUUGUCCAGAUUUGUGAGAAAUAUCUUCCUGGCUACUACAGUGCAGGCCUGGAGGCAAUCCAGUUGGACGGGGAGAUCCUGUACGCUCUCCUGCGGCGGGUGUCUCUUGCAGCCCACAGUCACCUGAAGAAGCACAAGGUUGAACCCAUCCUCUACAUGACCGAGUGGUUCAUGUGCGCCUUCUCUCGCACUUUGCCGUGGACCUCAGUUCUGCGAGUCUGGGACAUGUUCCUCUGUGAAGGGGUGAAGAUCCUCUUUCGAGUAGGCUUGGUUCUCCUGAAAUGCAUGCUGGGAUCCCAGGAGAAGCUGAAGAAAUGUCAAGGUCAAUAUGAAACGAUGGAGCUGCUGCGAGCUAUACCAAUAGAAUACAUGCAAGAAAGCUUCCUGAUGCAGCAGAUUAUAGAGUUACCGGUAUCCGAGAAAGACAUCGAGAAGGAACAUCUAGCUCAGCUGCGGCGCUGGAAGGAGCUUCAUGGAGAUCUUCACUGCAAGUCCCCUCCCAGGUUGCAUGGUGCUAAGGCCAUCAUUACCACUGAGCCGCAUAGCCAAGAGGACCUGAAACAGAUGCCCACCAUCUUAAUAGAUUCUGUGGCAGCAUCUGAGACAGACAUGGAUGUCAAAGAGAGUAGAAAGACCAAAGAGGAGCCACUGGAGGGAUCAGUCACAGCACAAGGGGAACCAGUUAGUCCUCCUCCUGCUCCCAGCAAGCUUUCACCUCACCUCGAUUACGUGAUCGUACAAGGGUCUAAUGAGAGCCUGAGCAGCACAGAACACGACACGUACCUAUAGCGAGCUGGAGGCAGAGCUGACCCUCUCAGCACUUUACAGGAUCCGUCCACAAAUUCUUUACUUAUUUAGCAAUGAUCCAGUCACACUCUAAGAAAAGGUAUUGAAUU